UUUCUUUUCCAGCAGAUGCCCCAGUCCUGGGUUCGCAUGUCUUUGUUGUCAGCCUGUGGAUCACUGAUUGACCAGCCUGAGUCAGCGGGUCCCUCAGAUCCCAAGGGACAGACUGGGCGGUGCUUUUACCCACACCGUGAGACUCCUUAUGAUUGCAUCAGUGCUGCACGUACCUAUGGAAAAUACUAGUGGACUGUCAGGCUUGGGGUUAAUUGGUUUCAGCUAACACCUUAUGGGAGCAGAGUCCUUGUGCACAUGCUGCCGUGGUACAAGUGCCCUAACUAGCUUCACAGCAAGGGGAGUGGCAUCCUGAAGGAAAGCAAUUCCUUUGACUCCACCCCUUUCAUCCACUGCCACUCACAGAUUGGCCUCCAGCUCCUGCCCGGUGGAUCAAAGACGAAAUCUUAGAAUACACGUUUUCAAACUCAAUUAAUUGUUCAUUAAUAUCCGGGAGUGGCAGAUAUACGAUGCUUCCCUUUUCAUGGCAGGUCAAAGAUGAAAUUUGAUUAUGCUUUGAAGGGUGUGGUUUGCCUCUUGAAAUUCCCGGCAGUGUCUUUACCAACGUGGUGUUGCCCAGAGCAGCCCAAAUGCCCUUAUCUAACCAAGGGAGGCGCACUUGUCUGCAUAUAUACAGGCAGGAGCCAACACUCGGAAAAGUCAAAUCCAGCCUGCACAAUGAAGAAGCAACCUAAGAAGGAUGAAGCUCCACACUGUGAGCUCAAAUCCUAUUCUAAGAACUUGGACACUCAGUCAUCCACCAUGGUAUUGGGUCCUGAACAGAAGAUGCCAGAUGAUGAUGCUUCUGGAGACCAUGGGGACCCUGCCAGUCUUGGUACCCUCAACCCUGCCUAUAGUAACUCAUCUCUUUCCCAGUCCACUGGGCACUCACAGGAGCCCUUCACCACCUACUUUGAUGAGAAGAUUGCCAUUCCUGAAGAGGAGUAUUCUUGUUUUAGCUUUCGUAAACUCUGGGCUUUCACGGGACCGGGCUUUCUUAUGAGUAUUGCCUACUUGGAUCCAGGAAACAUCGAGUCUGAUUUGCAGUCUGGAGCAGUGGCUGGAUUUAAGUUGCUCUGGGUUCUUCUGUUGGCCACCAUGGUGGGGCUCCUACUCCAGCGCCUUGCAGCUAGACUGGGAGUGGUCACGGGGUUGCAUCUUGCUGAAGUGUGUCACCGUCAGUAUCCCAGGGUCCCACGAAUUAUCCUAUGGCUGAUGGUGGAGUUGGCUAUCAUUGGCUCAGAUAUGCAAGAAGUUAUUGGCUCAGCCAUUGCCAUCAAUCUCCUGUCUGUAGGAAGGGUUCCUCUAUGGGGUGGAGUUCUCAUCACCAUUGCAGAUACCUUUGUAUUUCUCUUUUUGGACAAGUACGGCUUACGGAAGCUAGAAGCAUUUUUUGGCUUUCUCAUCACUAUUAUGGCCCUCACAUUUGGAUAUGAGUAUGUUACAGUGAAACCCAGCCAGAGCCAGGUACUCAAGGGCAUGUUCCUGCCAUCCUGUCCAGGCUGUCACACCCCACAGAUCGAGCAGGCUGUGGGCAUCGUGGGAGCUGUCAUCAUGCCACACAAUAUGUACCUGCAUUCUGCCUUAGUCAAGUCCAGACAGGUAAACCGAGCCAAUAAGCAGGAGGUACGAGAAGCUAAUAAGUACUUUUUCAUUGAAUCCUGCAUUGCUCUCUUUGUUUCCUUCAUCAUCAACGUCUUUGUCGUCUCCGUCUUUGCCGAAGCAUUUUUUGAAAAAACCAACGACCAGGUGGUUGCAGUCUGUAGAAAUGCCAGCAGUCCCCACACUAGCCUCUUUCCUGACGAUAACUCGACACUGGCUGUGGACAUCUACAAAGGGGGUGUUGUACUGGGAUGUUACUUUGGGCCUGCUGCACUCUACAUCUGGGCAGUGGGGAUCCUGGCUGCAGGGCAGAGCUCUACCAUGACAGGAACCUAUUCUGGCCAGUUCGUCAUGGAGGGAUUCCUGAACCUAAAGUGGUCACGCUUUGCCCGAGUGAUUCUGACCCGCUCUAUUGCCAUCAUCCCCACUCUGCUUGUUGCCAUCUUCCAGGAUGUAGAGCAUCUAACAGGGAUGAAUGACUUCCUAAAUGUUCUGCAGAGCUUACAGCUUCCCUUUGCUCUCAUACCCAUCCUCACAUUUACGAGCUUGCGGCCAGUAAUGAGUGACUUUGCCAAUGGAAUAGGCUGGAGGAUUGCAGGCGGGAUCUUGGUCCUUAUCGUCUGUUCCAUCAACAUGUACUUUGUCAUGGUUUAUGUCCAGGAACUAGGGCAUGUGGCAUUGUAUGUGGUAGCUGCUGUGGUCAGUGUGGCUUAUCUGAGCUUUGUGUUAUACUUGGGUUGGCAAUGUUUGAUUGCACUGGGCAUGUCCUUCCUGGACUGUGGGCACACGUACCAUCUGGGACUGACAGCUCAGCCUGAACUCUACCUUCUGAACACCGUGGAUGCUGACUCACUUGUGUCUAGAUGACUGACAGCCUGAGAGACUGUUUAAGAACCACUUUGUCUUAGUCCUUUUGUGCCAGGUGUCCUGUUAACAUAUCUCUGUUAGUUCAGAGGUGAGUUUUGUUCAGAUGUUUUGAACAAAAGUCAAAGAUUUCCUCAUGGGAAGGGUGUUAAAAGCUGCCAGCUCUAAGUGUAGGACAGAGACCCACCCACCUCACGAUGGUCCUACAGUAGCCAGAGUGACAUGAUUGGCCCACGGUGGCCACACACCCCUAUGGGCUUGUGUCUUGACCUCUGGAAUUUAAAAAAUAUAUAUGUGUAUAUAUUUAUGUAAACCUGAACAUGUCAGUUUGGGUAGAGUUUUAAGGUUAUGUGAAAUUGAUAGGUCUUAUUUUUUUAAAAGCUAUAGAUAAAUCAGAUAUUUGUUUUCUCUGGGUCACAAGUGACAGAGGAAAGGGAGUAAUGCUCUUUUUCAGAAUGAUCUGGUCAAAUUGACUUGCCUUUUAAAGUGACACUUGACUAUGGCUAGUUAAAUUCGAUUUCAGUUUUAACCAGACCCUUAGCGACUACUGACUAGCAGCACAUCAUUUCUAAAGGAAACAGUUCUUCUUUUCAGCAGAUUUAUCCUGGUUAUAUUGUGUGCUUUGCAAUUAUUAUUCUUUGUUGCUUUUCUUGAAAUCUUGUCAGAGGUAUGGUGGUAUUUCCCAAAGAGCUUAGUACCUCAUCAGAAGAUUCAGAAACCAUACUCUAACCAAUGAUCAGUUUUCCAUGUGACAUCGUAACUCAGCCCAUUCUAGCAUUCAAGCUUUAGGGAUAAAAAGAAGAACCUUCUAACAUUUAACUUUGUAAGUCCCAAACAGAAAAUGAUGGAGGUUACUUGUUUUCUUUCUAACGUUUGUAGAGUUCUACCAUGUCUUUUCUUCCCAUUUUUCCCCACUAAAACUCCACAGACACCAUUUCUAGGUCCAAAGUCUAUUUCCAGGAAUGGUUAAUAUUUCUAGUGUUGAAUUUCCUUGAAUGCUAAGCAUUUUAUUUAAGAUACUUAUAUCAAGUAAUACGAGAGCAGAACUAGACCAGGACGUGGACGACUAGUUCUCCUGUCAUAAACUGCCUGCCUACAUGUGGGUGAUAGACUUUUUUUGACCCCUCUUCUUAACCAGGACUUUUUUCCUUAAGAUUUUUAUAAUAAAAAUUAAUAUUUAAAAAUUGGAAAAA